AUGGUCACAUUUUACGAUCUCAAAGCCAAGAAGCCCUCUCAGGAGGAAUACACCUUUGACCAGCUCAAGGGCAAGGUUGUUCUCGUCGUCAACACCGCUUCCAAGUGUGGUUACACUCCUCAGUUUGCUGAGUUGGAAGAGUUGAACAAGAAGUAUGGUGAUCAGGGUUUGCAAAUUAUUGGUUUCCCUUGCAACCAGUUUGCAGGUCAGGAUCCAGAGAACGAUGACAAGAUCGGAGAGUUUUGCCAGCGUAACUACGGUGUCACUUUCCCCAUGAUGGCCAAGUCGGACGUCAACGGAUCCAACACCAACGAGGUGUUUGCUUUCCUUAAGAAGCAAAGGUCCGGCAUCCUUGGCACCGAGAUGAUUAAGUGGAACUUCACCAAGUUCCUCGUCGACAAGCAGGGCAACGUCAUUGAGCGCUACGGCUCCAACACCAAGCCUUCCGCCAUUGCUCCUACCAUCGAGAAGCUCCUCGCCCAGUAA